AGAACACCCAAGAUGUUUGGUUUCUAAGCAACAAGUAUAAACGUUGGAAAAAUGAGUCGCAACAGUUAUCAUAGCUGUCGCCGAAUGGCUUAAUUUUUAGCUAAACUCAACUUUAAUUUCAAUUCGGACGACAUCUUAAAGAAACCCUUAGUGGCUGGUGUGGAGGGCUAAGGUGUUUUUGGCAAAGAUCUAACAACAAUAAAACCUUAAAGAGAACAGAUGAAGUCAUGAGCAUGUACCCACAAAGAAGACACAGUCCUCAAGGGCAGCCCAUUAUUGGAGGAAAAAGGCAAGACAUUGUCUUUACUCAAGCACAACAUGGUGUUGUACCUGGUAGGAGAGAAGAUGGAGUAGACCAGCCAUUUCCAAACAAGCCUGUUAGCCACAGAAGACCUCUCAACCCCCGGAAACAAGAAUCACUUGAUCUGUAUGAUUUUAAGAAAAUCACAAUUACAAAACAACCAAGAGGCCUUUUGUCGACCCAAGAGUACCAUUCAUAUGACACCAGAAAGACCACGGGAUCCCAGCAAUCAAGAAAAGACUCGCACCCAGUGCCCAGGGGAGAACUGCAGAUGGACAGAGCAAUUCAUGCAAAACAGCUCAUGUUGCAGGAUAAGCUGCGGCGUGUUGAGGAAAAAAUAAGACAAAAAAAUCAGAAAGAUGCUGCUGCAAGUGAGUACCAAAAUAAGGAGGAGCAGAGGCACAACAAGGGACAAGCAGAGAGGGGAAACACUCAGAUAUUAACCAGGCUGGCUGAGCAGAAGAAGAUAGAACCAGAAAGAAAACGUGAAAUGACGAUACAAGAAAGAAGACAGGAGGAUGUCAAACAACUUAUGAACAGGCAAGAUCAGAGGAACGAGGACAGAAGAAGGAAUACACAUGAAGAAGACGGGUCCAGGUGGAAAAUAAGAGACAAAGAAGACGCACAGAGUUCCCAGGGGCAUAGAAAAGGCCAUAAAGAUACUCAUCAGAUCACAGCUCAUGUGCAAAAAGUGAGCGGAGAGCUUAACAUUUCUAGAUGGGAAAAUGUGAACGAGCAUACCAGAAGAAGAACAGGAGGGGAGGGAAAAGAUAAUGGCGUUUGGGGAGAGACAGGUGUAAAGUCACAGGACGGAAAACAGAAAGCAAAAGAAAGAGAACAAAAUACAACCUCCAUAGCCGAUAAAGGUUUGACAAGAGAAAGCAAAUAUAGGGAAAGAACAUGUGAGGAGGUGUAUGGUUCAGACGAUGAACAAGACACGCCUCAGAUUAAUCAACAGAAAACAUCUUAUAAAGUUGCUACAGAAAACCACAAAGGUGCAGGACUUAAACUGUCUGUGGGGCGUCUGCUUCCACCAGUUUCUCAUCCUUCUCAUUCCAGCAGACCGGAGCAGGAGGAACUCAGACAGGAAGUUAGCACAGGCACUGGCCUCCAGCUCCUUCCUUGCAAAAUCUGCAACAGAAAGUUUUCAAGCGAAAGAUUACAGAAGCACAUGCAAAUCUGUAAAAAAGUGCAACAAUCACAGCGUCAAGUCUUCAACUCCUACGCUAAUAGGACCAAGGGAUCCGCCAUCGAGCAGUUCUGGAAAACCCACAGCAAGAGCCCAGAGAACCCGAGACAGAACCACAUGGCAAACACAAGGAAUCUGCACGAGGGUCGACUCCCAGCUGGGACCUUACAACAUAAACGGCCCAAGUGAGCCGCCCAGACCAAACCCAGACACUUCGUCCCUGGACCAUUGGAACCAGAACUCCUCAGCCGUCAGCACAUCCGUCAUCAUCAUCAUCUUUAAAUGCUGUCAACACACUGUAUAAACAAACAACCUCAGGCACAGCAUUGUCAUAUUUGGACUCAUUUUGGUUUCAGUAGCUUGCUAAGGCACUCUGAUUGUAUUUAAUGUUGCAUUUUACUGCACGGAAACAUUGCAGUGGUAUACUGCACACAUCUGACAUCCAGAGAACGGCUUGUAAGCUGACAUUGGGACGGACACACAAGCAGGCACGCAGGCGCGGACGCAAAAAUGUCUUGAUGUAAUGCAAAAUAAAGCACAGCAACAUUUCUAAGACAAAUAAAACGGUUAGAAAAUGCAAUAAUAUCACAAUGAUAAAUCUGUGAGGUCAGCUAUAUCAUAAAUGCUUCCAUAUUCAAAUAAAACAGUUCAAGUGUUAAUACAUGUCACAAAGAAGAUAGACCUACAGGUGCUGCCCCUCCAAGAGUCUAAAAUGUAACUAAAAGUAGUUGUUAAAAAAAAUAAUCAGUAGUUUCAUCUUUCACACAAAUACUUUAAGACAUUAAAACAUGCAAAU